UACAAUAUAUCAGUCGCUUGGGGGGCACGAGGUCUCGCAUGCUAGCAGACAUUACAAAGGACCUUUGGUUCUUCUGCCUGGAAAAGAACAUAGUACUUCAGGCGGAAUAUCUACCGGGAGUUUCCAAUUCCAUUGCGGAUUGGAACUCCAGACAUCUGGUGGACGGCAAUGACUGGACUUUGCAUCCGGUUGUUUUUCAGGCCAUUCAGGUGUUGUGGGGGCCCCUGAGUUUGGACCUGUUUGCGUCUCGGCUCAAUCGCCAGUUACCCAACUUUUUCAGUUGGAGGCCAGAUCCGGAAGCAAUGGCAACGGAUGCGUUCCUGCAAGUUUGGCCUCAGGGGACGUUGUACGCGUUUCCCCCGUUCGCCAUGAUACCCAGGGUGUUGUGGCAGGCGGAGGCACAGAAGUCGACACUUUUACUAAUGACUCCAUGGUGGCCGACGCAGUCCUGGUUUCCCUAGGUCUUGGGGAUGGUUGUCGAUUAUCCGAGAAUAUGUCCACUGUUUCCAUCAGUCCUUCAGGGUCCUGCAGGAGAGUUACAUCCGUUAGUGAUGUCAGGUCAGUUAAAUGUAGUAGCGUGGCGGAUAUUGGGGCAUCAGAACCUGAUAGAAGCCUUUCACAGUCAACUAGAGACCUCAUCCAUGAGGCGUGGGCUCCAGGUACCAGAUCGGCUUACCGAUCAGCCUGGGGAUUAUGGGUUCAUUGGUGCUCACAGCGGCAGAUGGAUCCCAUUCAUGCCCCUAUAGCUGAUGUGUUAAAUUUUUUAUCGGAAGCCUUUAAUGAAAGCAAGGCGUAUAGGACUAUUAACGUAUAUAGGUCUGCUAUUUCUGCCCAACAUAGUGCGGUGGAUGGUAGGGGAGUUGGUCAGCAUCAACUGAUUUGCCGUCUUUUAAAAGGCAUAAGGCUCAAAAGGCCGCCAGGUCCCCGGUAUCAGAUUACGUGGGAUGUUUCAUUGGUUCUACGCAUGUUUUCUUAUUGGGAAGAUAAUGAUGUGCUGUCCCUUAAGUUGCUAUCUUACAAACUGACCAUGUUUUUGUGUUUGGUGUCCAUCAAGCGCGUCUCGGACGGGAGGGCGUUAGACAUUUCUGGGAGACAGUUUACUCCGCAGGGAGUGCAAUCCUCCAUUACCAGACGUACGAAGACUAAUCUACGAACGGUAUUUUAUCCUUUCUUUCCAUCUCAUCCCUUGUUAUGCGUAGUCCGGUGUUUGAAAGCUUAUGAACUCAAAACGGAGGGAUUACGCUCUAAGCAGUUCUCCCAAUUGCUUAUAUCAUUUUGUUCGCCCUACCUGCCAGUUUCGUCACCGACAUUGGCGCGCUGGGUGAAGCAGUCUAUGGCGCUGCCUGGGGUGGAUGUUUCUUUUUUCAAGGCACACUCCUCCAGAGGGGCCAUGGCUACUAAGGUGGCGCAGACUGGAGGCUCGCUUUCUGAAAAAUUAAAAGCGGCGGAUUGGUCGUCGGAGGAUACGUUUAGGACUUUUUAUUUCAGACCAGAAGGUCAUGUUGCUAUGUCAGUUUUGUGAAAUGUAGGAUGUUAAUUGAUGUGCUUUGAACUUGCAAUUGAUACGAUCCUCCUGUCUGACAUAAAAUUUAGGAUUUUCAUAGUAUUAUGACGGAAAAUAUAGAUUUUAUAAAGACAGGAGGCGAGUAUCAUCCCUCCCUUAUUCCCAUCCCUGUUAUGGUGUUUAUUUUCUUUCCUUUUAGGUUAUUGAAGAUUCGUUAUAGGGAAAUCGUGGUAAUUGAUCAGAUAGUGUUUCAGGAGUUGACGACUUCCGUGUUUGUAGAAGAGGUUUCUCGAGUUCAGUUGGAGUUUUUCAGGCCCAGUCGAACUGGCGAAGAUGGUUUUCUACCUUGGGAAUUUGUUCGUGCAGGUCUAUGUUCCGGAGGAUUCUGGCAUCAAGAAAGAAGAGGAGGUGGAGCCAGAGCCAGGUUUUAUGGAGCGAGCUAGGACAUGAUUGGUGGAAUUGUUGGAAGGGGGAUGCGGUCAGUUGCUAGGUGACCUGCAUCCUUUUUUCUUCCAGUGUUGAAUUUCCAGUGCAUUUCUUUCUGCUA